ACGAACUAUUAUACAAACACCGAGCUCGCAAAAAAAUUCUCGUGCACCUCUAAAGUCAUUUGCAACACACUGUAUACUGAACAGGGAUCUUAAAACGAUGCUUGAAUGACGAUUUUAACUCUAGAUUGGCAGAUUGUGAGGCCUUGAGCGCUUGAGCCUCAAGGCCUCACUAUCCGCACUCCCCUGAAAUUAAAAGAGAUACGUUGUCAUCCUCUCGCCUCCACUACCAAUGGCUCUAGAGGAUGUUAGAUCCCAGCAGCUGCAGUCAGAAACGAAGGCAGAUGACUCACUCAAAGUCGAUGUUACCGAUGAGGUGGAUUUUGUCGCUUAUUACGAGCAGGCUACUGGCCGUUUAGUAGUGGACCCCGAACAGGCGAAGGUCGAGUUUGGGGAGGUAAUGGCCUCUAGGCUCAAGCUUAGCCCCGAUGGGUUGAAGGUUCUCUGGCCUCAACCCGCUGACGACCCGAACGACCCACAAAAUUGGACCGAUUUCCGCAAGACUGUGCAUUUGAUCAUCAUUACAAUGUCUGCAGUGAUACCUGACUUCGACUCUGGAAUCGGAAUCGCGUCGAUAUUUAACCUCGCUCAAACUUAUGACACGACCUCCGGUGUCAUCAACGAUUUGACGUCGAACUGGAGCAUCUUCCUUCUGGCGCAGCUUUUUGCGCUUGCAUUCUUAGUUGGUGCCACACUGGCGCCGAAUCUAGCCACCUUUGCAGGGAUGCGAUGUUUGACUGCAUUCUUUGGAACGUGUCCCCAGGUGACAGGUCUCUAUGUCGUGACAGAUAUCUUCCCCUUCCAUCUCCAAGCACGGAAGCUGAAUAUCUGGACCUCGGGUUUUGUUAUAUCGCCUUUCUUAUCACCGUUUGUAUUUGGCUUUCUUGUAGCGCGUGCGAGCUGGAGAUGGGCCUAUGCUAUAGGAUCUAUUUACAGCGCCAUCGUAUUAUUUCUCAUUGCGUUUUUUAUGGAAGAAACUAUGUAUGACCGUCACCUUGCAUUGAAGCCACUGCAAAUUUCUACGGGACUGCGAUAUCGAUUUGAAACUUUGAUAGGUGUCACUGGGUACAAGAUGGCAAAAUACAGACCGCGAUGGCCGGAAGUUCUAGUGGCAUCUUUGGAUGUCGCUUGGCGUCCUCAGUUUUUCUUCAUAGUUCUCUUUGAGGCAUUGGUUUUCGGGUUCUCGAUCGGUGUGAACACGACAAAUGUUGUCUUCAUGGGAUCUUCUCCUCCCGUCGGAUUUGGCUUCAGCCAAUAUGCCGUGGCUGGGGCGUAUGCGACUCCAAUUGUCGCCGUCCUUCUUGGCGAGUUCAUUGGACGUUACGUCAAUGAAUUCAUUAUGGAUCUGCAUAUUCGCAGAAACGGUGGUUUCUUUGAGGCCGAGAGCCGCCUGUGGACCUGUUACUUAGCCAUGUCGCUUUACAUUUGUGGCUUUUUGACGCUGGGUGCUGGGAUACAAAAUCUCAACGAAGCCGCUCUCAUUAUGGGCUGGGGCAUUGCAUUUGUUGCAAUCACCCUCAACACCGUUGCAGUGUACGCAUAUUGUAAUGACUGCUUCCCUCGCAGGGCAGGCGAAGUCAGUGCCCUGUUAAACUUUGCAAGAUCAGUGGGCGGUUUCGCAGUCGCAUAUUUCCAAGUCCCAUGGGCUACAAAAUCUGGAGGACUGAUGGUGUUUGGUGUCGAAACAGCGCAAGUGAUAUCGCUUGACACACUCAAAGAGUCUGACGGUUUCUAUAGGCUUGUGAUUGGCAUGUUUUUCGUCGCCGUUCCUAUGACACAACUGAAGGGAAGCUACUUCCGAGCACGUUUUGCCUUAUAAUUGGCACUUGACAGCUUCUCGAUUUCAGAACCAGAAGAAUUAUUUA